AUGGCACUCGCAGCACGUCCUAACGUUAUUGUGAUUGAUGAUCGAACCAUUUACCAUAGCCUGGAUGCGAUCGACCAGGCACUUUUUGAUGGAUUGGAGUCUAACCCUCAAAGGAAAAAGUUCUGUGAGAUGAUCCAUCGUUGGCGUGAAGGAAUUCAGACAAAUCCUGAGAUGGCCCCAGCUAAUGGCCAAGCCAUCGCAACGAAAUGGAGGCUCAGUGGCUGUAAGCUGAAAAAGCUACGAAGAAUCGCCAUGCCUGCUGUCCAGGCACUGCCACCACCUGUCGAUAAUACAGGACCUCCUCCUAUCUUGCCGGUAGGGCAUAUUUCAACCAGGCACGUCAGGACCGUUCCAUUGCAGAGUCCAUUAGCAGAGUUAUCACCAAGAUUCACAUGUCAGAGUGACAAGUAUGAGAACGUUUCGCUAUCACCUACGAAAGGACAAGUAGAGUUCAUCGCAGCUGAUCUCGAUGUACCUUGGAAGUUCGCAGAUGUGCUAAGCCAGCAAGAUCCGAUGACAGUCGAUAGAGUUCCAUUGGCUCCGCCGACAUCCGUAUGUCUAUUUGUGCGCACAGACGAGGAUGAUCGAAUCGAGGAGCACCUCGCAGUCAAAUGUCUUGAGUUGAACGAGCUUGCUAGUGAUAGUAAUGAAAGACUGGAUCGGAAGGACGUCGAUGCCGCUGUUCAACGUGAAAUCGCUGCGCUGGAACUGGUCAGAUCAACACAGUGUAGCCAUGUCAGCAAUUAUCGUGGGCACAGUGUACGCGAAUUCGACAGUCACUGUAUCAGGCCUGGUGACAAUGACACACAGAUGUGGACAUACCAUCGAAAGACUGUCCACCUCUAUCAAGAUUUUGCCGGCCAUGGUGACCUAAAACAACUCAUCAACCACCACAGGAAGACAAAAAGACCCAUUAACGAGCACUUCAUAUGGUACACUCUUCGUGAGCUAACUGAAGCUUUGAUUGCACUAAACAAAGGACCUGGCCACUGCUCGAAACCACACAACCCUGCAGUUGGGCUCCCCGAUCCCGAUGAGUAUGGUUCCGUACUUACAGAGUCUUGGACACCAAUUCUACACCUAGACAUAAAGACGGGUAAUGUUCUCUUGGAGACGAACAAUGCUGAAUAUCCAGCUUAUCCAAAGCCAGUACUGGCAGAUUUUGGCUUGUCUUGUCCCGCAACUGAAGAAGUCAUUGAUUUGAACCACACUGACAACACACCUAAGCAUAUGGCAAGGUUUGCAGGAACAGACGGAUGGAAACCUCCAGAACGUAACGAACACGCUCUUAUCUAUAACCCCAGGACCGGUGAGCAUAUGAUCGAUUCCGAAUAUGAGCCUUUCAAAUGGCAGCUAUCAGAAAGGACCGAUGUUUGGGCGCUAGGUCUCAUUGUGCACAAGAUGAUGUACUCGCAUCGCACGGACGAAAUAACGAGCCCAAACUCGCGCCACACGGUAGCUGUAGGCACGUACACCCUGAGUCAGGAGAGUGAUUGGAACGAUCUUUUGCGAGAUCGUAGUAUUGAGGAGCACGAGAGUCAUUUCGAUGUCUCUACAGCGAACAUAAGCGAUCUCCCUGAUGUGUAUGGUGUAAGGUUAUGUCUCCUUGCUGCGCAGUGUCUGCGACACAAUAUGGAAGCUCGACCAGGUCUUGAGCAGUUGCUGAGUAUAUGCCAGCAGGAGCUUACGCGCCUCGACAAUCUAUCUGGCUUUACUGCUGGCAAACGGAAGCGAAAUGCUGACGACGAUGACGACGACGACGACGAAUACACUGUCCUUGUUGGUAACGCUCCCAAGUCCAACAAUCAUACGAUUGGCGAGACCUAUCAACCCAAGCGUCCUCGCAUAGAAAUCGAUCUUCAGGUUGACCAUGAGGCUCGAUCUGAUUACAUCGCCCUCAUCGAUGCUUGGUCAAACAUGGCACAACCACCACUUGCUAGCCAAGCCGCACUUAUAAAAGCGAUUGAUCUGCACAUGCUAGAUAAAGAAGGUGUUUACAACAUUAGCGGAGAAUCUGACGAUGGUACUAGCGGAGAUUUUAAGGAAAAUAUCACAUGGGCUACUAAGCACUUGGUCAGUUGCCUUCGCAAACGUAGCACCCCAGAACGUGGCGCUUAUAUUCUCACCGGAGAUUACAUCGACGAACAUAGUCUUAUUUCGAUCGAAUAUGCGUUUGAUCGUGCAUUUAAGGUCAAAAUUCUGGACGACUUACUCUCUCUAAAGGAUACUAUCUUUGAAAACGAGUCUUUUCGGGAACAAGAAGGAGGUCAAGAUGCUAUAGAUGCAUUGUGGAAUGCGGUUGAUUGGGGCCUAAUGAUGCUGAAGUACACGGUCACUGAUUACGUUUACGACGCUGAGGGCAAAUUGUCUGGUGGUGAACCUGCCGAGCCCCGAGAACCGAGGAUGAUGAACCAAUCGGCUCUGCAUAAGGGCAUUCAUGAUUGGAUUUUUGUCCGGCCAACGGGUGCGUUUUACAAAACUUGA